UUUGUGUCAACUGAUACAGUAUCUUAACAAAGAAGAUACUCACAUGCAGCAUUACACAACAUGGCGCAUAUGAUUGCGUCACCCAAGAGAUUAACGCAGUAAAAGUGCAUUCAAAGUAUUGUAAACUUUUUUUUUUAAGUUUUGGUAUUUUACAACCACAAACUUUAAUCAUUCUUGGAGAUUUUAUGUCAUUAUUCAACAUAAAGUCCAACAUUGCUACAUUUUGUAAAGUAUAUAAUAUUAGCAACAUUAUAAAAGGUUUUUACCCUGAUUCAUCCCUGCAGUCAAAACAGAGGGUAUAAUACAACAAUGUUCACUGUCUGUGGACACAGAACAUUCUCUCUAUGGAAAGACAGCAUGUUACGUUCAACUACAUGUUAAACUCAUCACCUUUAAAUACAAAGACUAAAAUAGACUUAUUCAAAAUAUGAUGAAAAUAACACCACCCAUUAAAAUUAAAGAUAAAAUACAGAUACUUUAAAUUUUACACUCUUUCAGUAGUUUAUUAAUAUUAUCCGCACACAGAAAUUCAUAGCAAAGCAGUUGCUCUGAGGAUUACCCAGAAUCCCUUCCUACUCAUACUACUGUCCCCAGGUACAGAUGCAGGAGCAGAUGGUGCUGUUCUCCCAUUUAGCAGGAUUUAGUGUUCCAAUGGAUGUGUGCUGUAUUUUCUGGACUAAAAAAGCAGGUCAAGUUCAAGCCCCAAUCUGAAACCUUUAUUUAAAAUUAGAAAUCUUCCCAAUAUUUGAGCUACAAAAUCCCAUUACCAUUGUAGCUUUUUACAGUAAAUAUUAGAUUAAUGUUUCUUGUUUUUUAGUUAACUUUUAUAGAAUAUUGGUUACAUAAUUUGUGGAAAAUAAAUGCAUUUUCAUGAUCUCCUUUUUUAUCCCCAACAUGUAAACAUUUUAAAAGAGACGUGUAGACUAAAGCCCAAUUUCCAAACCUAAAAAGUGUUUUAUUUAUAAAACUCUCUGUCUCAGAAACCUGAGGAAUUUCUUGUAACUCAGUGCUGUAGAACAGUGUCUUCUGCAGCACAUCAUUGUCUAUCUUUGUUGUGACUUGUGCUCCUGUGCUGUAAUCAUGCCACACUUAUCAAACUUUUAGAGCUCAGUCUGAGAUGAGAUGGAGGAAGGUCAUUGCUGCUCACAACUGAUUUCCUGAAAAAACAAAAGUUAUCAUACAUGACGAUGGAGGAGUGAUAUAGUUUGGCAGGGUAUAAAUGUUACUGCUUCUGUUUGGGAGUUUGAGAUUCACGCUUCACCCAGCAAAAAGGUAUGUUUCUGAGGGAAGACAUUUUUGAACAAUGAUGUAAAUACUUUUAUUUGUUGUAUGAUAUGCAAUUUACCUGUUUUCUAUAGCCUACAAUAGAGACAUGUAGUUUUGCUCUUCCUUAUCAUUAAAAUGACGCCCCUUUCACCAGGUCAAAAUGAAGGGUCUGCUUGGCUUUCUUGGGGUCAUAUUAAUGCUGCUGCUGAGCUGCUCCGUCCAAGCAAAGAAAGAGAAACCAGCUUUUUUCAAAGAUUGCUCACAGAUUAAGGCUCAGUCCCCACAUGCACACAGUGGAGUUUAUGUGAUCCAGCCGUCAGGGACCAAUACACAGAUAAAGGUAUACUGUGAGAUGCGACUAACUGACGGCUGGAUUGUGAUCCAGAGACGAAGUGGAGGGCUGGUGUCCUUUGAGAGAAGAUGGGCUGAAUAUGAAUUUGGUUUUGGAUCCUUGACAUAUGACCAUUGGCUCGGUCUGGAGAAGAUCCAUCUUCUGACUAAGGACACGACUAAAAUGUGUACUUUGAGGGUGGACCUGUGGGACCAUGAAGGUGGCACUGCUUUUGCCGAGUACCGUAACUUCAAGAUUGGAGAUGAGCAAACAGCUUACCAAUUACAUGUUGGGACCUACAGUGGAAACGCAGGUGACGCCAUCCGUGGUGCCUAUCCAGGUGUUGACCAAAACGGCUCUGGCUUCAGUACCAUCGACCGCGACAAUGACAACUGCUCCCCAUGCGUCCUUGGAGACAUUGCUUUAGACAGUUGUGCCCAAAAUUUCGGUAGUGGUUGGUGGUACAGUAGUUGCGGCUCUGCUGCUCUGCACGGUGACUGGCACUCUUCUGAUGACCCCAUCGGUUGGCAAUCAGGCCUUCACUGGCACACCUGGAAACCAAUGCCUUAUUCAGCAAAGGCCACCAGAAUGACGAUCAAGUGUGAUUGAUGCCCCCUGCUGGUUAAAGUUUACAUCAAUGAGUUUCAUUUCCAUAUUCCAUUUAUUGGUUUUAUGAGCGUGCAUAUCUUAUUAGCAAAGUUGUUAUUUGUAAGAUGGCAAAAAAAGUGUUUCACAAGAUUUUAUGUUGUUGAGUAUACAUAUUGAAUAUCAUAUUUAAAAACAAAUACAGGCAAUAGAAGUAUUUUAAAAGAUUGAAACAAAAAAAUUAUAUACACAAUAAAACACAAAAUGUAAUAUUUAUUUAGCUUGCUUCAUACAGAAAAAGUUUACAUAUGGCUACAUCUAAAAGGAAUAUUAUUCAGUCUUUUUUGAUACCUUUUUUCAGAAAUUGAAAAUAGAUUUGAUUCACUGAGGGAAACAUUGCAAGAUCAAUAACAAAUUGUAAAAUAGAUAAUUAUUCAAACCAAAAUCUUAGGCUUCUUAAAAGUAUGUUUAUUUCUAAUAACUUAAUACUUGGUUUUC